UUACACUGCAAACGGUAAAAAUCGAUAAUGCAGAAUUAGCGGGCGAAGAAAAUGUUUACAAAAUGCAUUAGUUGCUGUUCCCUCGCUAUAUUAUCAGUUUUCUUCGCCUGCCUUCUAAUCGAGAAUUGCGUGGCCCUGCAAAAGACGCUGCGGCACUACGAGAUUUUCCACAAGGACGAUGUGGUGCACAGGGUGGUUAAAAGGGGGGCCAAGCACAGCGCGAAUCCUUUCAACACCAUCAAGGAGGUGGAGUUCACCACUGGCAAGAACUUCCGACUGAUCCUCCAUCCGCACAGGGAUGUCCUGCACAGCAAAUUCAGGGCCUAUGCGGUGGAUGCGGAUGGCAAUGAAACGGUGGUCCACAUGGAUCACGAUAGCUUCUACUCGGGUCGGGUGUUUGGCGAACUGGAGUCCUCCGUGAGGGCUCACAUCGAGGACGGCACCAUGACCAUGUCCAUCCAUUUGCCCGAGGAAACCUAUCACAUCGAGCCCUCCUGGCGACACCUACCCGAAGCCAAGAAGGACACCAUGGUGGCCUACAAGGCCUCGGAUGUGAAGGUCCACAAAAACGAGGCGGGUGCCAGUCCCAAAACUUGUGGCUACAUUAAGGAGGGUCUCGAACUCGAAGACAAGGAGGAGCACGGGGACACCUUAGACAAUGAGCUCCAUACGAGGGAGAAGCGUCAAUCGGAUCAGUAUGAAUACACGCCCACCAAGACCCGAUGUCCUUUGCUCCUGGUGGCCGACUAUAGAUUCUUUCAGGAAAUGGGCGGAGGCAACACCAAGACCACCAUAAACUACUUGAUAAGCCUCAUAGACCGGGUGCACAAGAUCUACAACGACACAGUGUGGCAAGAUCGUUCGGAUCAGGAGGGAUUCAAGGGCAUGGGCUUCGUGAUCAAGAAGAUUGUGGUCCACUCUGAGCCCACAAGGUUGCGAGGCGGCGAAGCCCACUACAAUAUGAUCCGCGAGAAGUGGGAUGUGCGCAAUCUGCUGGAGGUCUUCUCCCGGGAGUACAGCCACAAAGACUUUUGCCUAGCCCAUCUCUUUACCGAUCUCAAGUUCGAAGGCGGCAUUUUGGGCCUGGCCUACGUGGGCUCCCCGCGUCGCAACUGUGGCGGCAUUUGCACUCCAGAAUACUUCAAAAACGGUUACACCCUGUAUUUGAACUCGGGUCUGAGCAGCUCCCGGAAUCACUACGGCCAGCGGGUCAUCACCAGGGAAGCGGAUCUGGUCACUGCCCAUGAGUUUGGACACAAUUGGGGGUCAGAGCAUGAUCCCGACAUUCCAGAGUGCUCACCCAGUGCCUCACAGGGCGGCAGUUUCCUCAUGUACACGUACUCCGUCAGUGGCUACGAUGUGAACAAUAAGAAAUUCUCUCCCUGCUCCCUGCGUUCCAUCCGUAAAGUGCUGCAGGCCAAGUCGGGGAGGUGCUUCUCCGAGCCAGAAGAGUCCUUCUGCGGCAAUCUGCGCGUCGAGGGCGAUGAACAGUGCGACGCUGGACUCCUGGGCACCGAGGACAACGACUCGUGCUGCGACAAGAACUGCAAGCUCCGCCGGAACCAGGGAGCCAUGUGCAGCGACAAGAACUCGCCGUGCUGCCAGAACUGCCAAUUCAUGGCCUCCGGGAUGAAGUGCCGCGAGGCCCAGUACGCCACCUGCGAGCAGGAGGCUCGCUGCACAGGCGCCCAUGCCGAGUGUCCCAAAUCGCCGGCCAUGGCGGAUGGCACCACCUGUCAGGAGCGCGGACAGUGCCGAAAUGGCAAGUGCGUGCCGUACUGCGAGACCCAGGGUCUGCAGAGCUGCAUGUGUGACAUCAUCGCGGAUGCCUGCAAGCGCUGCUGUCGCAUGAGCAUCAAUGAGACCUGCUUCCCGGUGGAGCCACCUGAUGUCCUCCCCGAUGGCACUCCCUGCAUCACUGGCUUCUGUAAUAAGGGAGUCUGCGAGAAGACCAUUCAGGAUGUGGUGGAGCGCUUCUGGGACAUCAUCGAAGAGAUAAAUGUGGCCAAAACCCUACGGUUUCUCAAGGACAACAUUGUCAUGGCCGUUGUCCUGGUCACCGCAGUCUUUUGGAUACCCAUCAGUUGCGUCAUUUCUUACUUCGAUCGCAAGAAGCUGCGCCACGAGAUGAAGCUGAUUGAAUGGAGCCAGAAGUUGGACCUUAUACAUCCCAGUGAUGAGAGGCGACGGGUGAUUCACAUACGUGUGCCGCGCCAGAAGAUUUCGGUUGCUCGAGCCUGUAACUAGCACAAAAAACCCGGUGGGUUCUUAUUUUUAAUCUUCCGUGAGCAUUAUUCUCAAAACUGCCACAAAUUCGUUUGCAUUAAGUAACAUAUUUGAACAAACACAACACAUAAAUGAAUAAAAUUCCAUAUACUAUAGACCA